AUGUUACAGCAACAACAACAAUUCAUUUCCUACUCUAUCGCCAUGGUGACCCCUUUCACCAAAGAAGGGGAUUUAUGCAUUGAAUCCAUUCCUGAGCUUGUCAAGUUCUACAUACACAAGUUGGAAGCACCUGGGUUGCUGAUUAGUGGAAGCACAGGUGAACAGCACUGUAUGACAAUAGCUGAAAGAAAGCAAUUGUAUCAAAUCGUCGGUGACACUGUUUCCAAGGACUACCCAUUGUAUGCAGGUGUAGCUGCUUUCAAGACUAAAGAUGCUAUCGAGUUGGCUCAAGCUGCUCAAAAAUCUGGAUUCGCUGGUAUCAUGUUGGGUGUUCCUCCAUACCGUUUACCAUCUCAAAAAGAGCUGAAGCAAUAUGUUAUCGAUGUUGCCAAAUCCAUCAAACUGCCCAUCUUUUUAUACAACAAUCCUGCUGGCAAUGGUGUUCAAAUUGAGCCCGAGACGUAUGCAAGUAUUGCAAGUAUUGCUGCCAACGUGUAUGGUUUAAAAGAGGUUGGUGACUCUGCCAAUGUCAAGAAGGUCAAGCAAUUACUGGGCGACAAGGCUAGACAGCACACAUUCUUUACGGGCAUAGAUGAAGAGUAUGCUGAAGCCUACACAGAGCAAGGCUAUACUGGAAUCACAUCUGUUGCAGGUAAUGUGUUUCCAAAGGAGAUGAAGCAAGCAGUAGAGUUUUUGCAUAUGGACCAAAUUGAAAAGGGAAAGGAAUUGUUGGCUUCUUUGGUGCCCAAGAUUCAGGUGGUAUUGGAUACUGGAUUGCUUCAAAGCAUAAAGUACAUUUUGAGAAAACGAGGAGCACCUGCUGGGUACUGCCCUCCUCCACUUUUGGAGCCCACAGAGGAAGAUAAAGCACGCCUUGAUGCAUUUGUCUGA